AUGAAAAAAAAUAUAAACCACCUAUCAUACCACAGUUUAGUUUUACUUUUCCUGCAGAUAUUAGCCCACUGGACUAGUUCGCGAAGUCACACAGUACGCUCCAUCAUGGAUUGUUUGCACAGAGAUACUGACGAAUUGUCUCAGUGGAACUACAUAACUGCAACACUGUUUGGGUUUGGUGUUGUUACUACGCUUGGAUAUAACAAAAUUGGGCCUAUAACUACAACGGGUCGAAUUUUUUGCAUAUGCUAUGGAUUAAUUGGUAUACCUAUAACGAUGAUAAUUAUUGCCAAUAUUGGUCAACAUUUGAAUCAUUUAGUAAGAAUAUUGCGCCUUAAGAUAGAAAAUUUCUGCAAAAAAACCACGAAGGUUGAAGACGAUUUGGAAGCGUCAACUGAAAUCGCCUCACUUGUUUUACUUGUCGUAUUUUUGGUUUAUGUGGCUUUAGGAGCACUUUUUCUUCCUUUACUUAAUGGCGAGUAUGAUUUCUUGAAUGGUCUUUAUUACAAUUUUUUAUGCCUAACUGCUAUUGAUUUUGGCCAACUUGUACCUCGACGAAUGAUUUUUUUACCGAUUACAUUCAUUUAUGUAUGCAUUGGGCUCGCUAUCACGACAAUCGCAAUAGAAGUUGGAUCAGAUUAUCUCAAAAGGUUUCACAACUUGGGUCAGAAAAUCAAAGAUGUUGCAGCGACUAAAGUUUGGUUUGGUGGAAAACAAGUCAAAGUGCGAGAUCUUUUGCACAUAGUGGGGGAGAAGUGUGGCGUUGAACCUGCGUUAAUUGAUGCUAUUGAUCUGGACAAUGUCGUUACCCAAGCAAUAGCAGUGCAGUAUUUAGUUACUUCUAACAAUAUUGAGCAAAUCAUCUAUGAAUUCGGCCAGCAAGUGGAACAUGACCAAUCUCCGCUUGUUGAUGUAAUAUUAAAAAAACCACCGAGUCUGUCGUCUUCACCAUCAGUUUCAUCAAAGCAGCCAUCUAUUAAUCCAUCAACAAUGCCACCCUUAUCCCAAAACCAGUACAGUCGCAUCUUUUGUCAUCGACCUCAUCGUUGCACAAUACAUCGUCGAAAGACGAUAUUAUGGAACUGA